ACACAAAUUACACAUUUGAUUGUUUUGAAUUGCAAACUGUAAGAGCAUUUUGAGAAAACGGUGGUCCUCAUAUCUAUUGGGAAAACCACAUGAGCUAAUGAAAAAACGGUGGUCCUAUACUUAAUGGGCCUAAAGCCCAGUGUAUAUCAAAACUCGUGUCAAAAAGUUAAGGAAUAAAAUAAAGAACGACGUCGUGCGGACAUAAUGACAAGUGCAGGCAGGUGCUUAAAAAGAAUAACUCAAGAGAGGACUUGAGAGAAACAAUGUAUGAAUUUGAAUAGAGAGGGAUAAGAAGUAAUAAUGGGAACGGUUCUCAAACUUCCGAUCAUCGAUCUUUCUUCGCCGGAGAAGCUCUCUACUUCCCAAUUGAUUCGUCAGGCUUGCGUGGAUCAUGGAUUCUUCUAUCUCACGAAUCAUGGCGUUUCGGAAGAGUUGAUGGAAAGAGUGUUAACGGAGAGCAAGAAACUAUUCUCUCUUCCUCUUGAUGAGAAGAUGGUGAUGGCUCGUCGUGGUUCUCGUGGUUACUCACCUUUAUACGACGAAAAACAUGAAUCCUCUGCCACGUACAAAGGUGAUUCCAAGGAGAUGUUCACGUUUGGAUCUUCAGAAGGAGUUUUGGGACAACUUUACCCUAACGAGUGGCCUCUUGAAGAGCUUCUGCCGCUUUGGAGGCCAACCAUGGAAUGCUACUAUAAAAAUGUCAUGGAUAUUGUUGGUAAGAAAUUGCUUGGCCUAGUGGCUUUGGCAUUGAAUUUAGAGGAAAACUUCUUUGAACAAGUGGGAGCCUUCAAUGAUCAAGCAGCAGUUGUUCGUCUCAUACGUUAUCCAGGAGAGUUGGAUUCAUCUGGAGAAGAAACAUGUGGGGCUUCUGCUCAUUCAGAUUUUGGAAUGAUAACUCUUCUUGCAACGGAUGGAGUUGCAGGCCUUCAAGUUUGUAGGGAUAAAGAUAAAGAACCAAAGGUUUGGGAAGAUGUCGCUGGAAUCAAAGGGGCUUUUGUUGUCAAUAUCGGCGACCUUAUGGAGAGAUGGACUAACGGUCUUUUCCGAUCAACCAUGCAUAGAGUGGUGUCGGUGGGGAAAGAACGUUAUUCGGUGGCUGUAUUCGUCGAUCCAGACCCAAACUGCGUUGUGAAGUGCUUGGAGACCUGCUGCAGUGAAACUUCUCCUCCCAGGUUUCCACCGGUCCGGGCCAAAGAUUAUUUCCACGAGCGAUUCAGUCAAACUCUCGCUUCGUAUUCUGGUUCCGGCUAAAAGACGUAUAUGAGAAGCUCCUCCACAUUUGCUUAAAUAAGACAUGCAUGUGUCAAAUGUUUGAGUUUUCUACGUUAAUAAAACCUGUUCUAAUGUUUGGGUUUGAGUCGUGUGCUUUGCGUGGACAUGAAUGUAUUGUAAUAAAUUAUUAAAGGUGAUAAAGUACUUAUAACUAUAUCACUGAUGCUGUAUUAUUUGCGACUGGUCAAAUAUACUAGUUGUGGUCCU